GGACAAACUUUUUGAGCGGAGCGGGCUGGCAGUGGGGGCAGAAGAGCAGAGCUGAGGAUGGCGGCGCACAGCCCGCCGCUGCUGGUCUGAGAGUCCUGGUGCCCUGGCCCCCCGAGGAACUUGGGCACCAAGCGGCAGGUGUACUUCCAGAGCGCGAGGAGAUCGAAGAGAUCCGGAGGCUGGGAGCGUGAGGUCCGCCCGGAGCCGGGCAGCCCAACCCGCUUCCUGGCGUUCUUUCUCCAGGAGGAUGUCAGGAGACCAAGGCAACAGGAAAGAUCACCUUUCAAACAUAAAUGUUAUAGCCUCAACCCAAACCAAAGAAGGUCUGAACCUUGUGUUGAUACGUGGGGAUGUUUUAUGUCUCACGGCUGAUGUCAUUGUCAACACUGUUCCCACUGAUCUUCAGCUUGGAAGAGGACCACUAUCUCAGGCUCUUUUGAUGAAAGCUGGUCCAAUGCUCCAGAAAGAGUUAAAUGCCACCAAGCAGGGAGCAGAGGAGGAAGUGGGUAGCAUACUCAUGACAAGUGGCUGCGAUCUGGACUGCAAAGCUGUGCUCCAUGUCGUGGCUCCAGGCUGGGAUAAUGGAGCAAGAUCUUUGCAGGAAUGGUGUCUGAAGAUUCGUGUAAUAAUCCUUAAGUACAACAAAGAGAUGUGGCCAGAGCUGUGGUGAGGAAUGAA